AUGUUCAAACGCCUCGCACUUGGUCUGCUGGCCGCUCAGUCAGUGACUGCCAUGCGUUUUGCCAUGUACAUUGACGAGUUAGUGGCAUACAACUGCUCUUCCGGGACAGGAGAAGACCGAGGGCAUCGACUAUGCAAUCAUGAGCUUUGCUGCCUCGAAGCUAUUCAAUUCCGACUCACCGGCAGAAUACAAGCCAUUCGAGUCCCCCAGACCAUGCGCAAGCGCUUCAGCCCGGAUACCAAGCUAAUGGUCGCUAUUGGCGGCUGGGGGGACACCGCUGGCUUCUCCGAGGGAGCCAAAGACGAGGCUUCGCGCACGCGAUAUGCCAAGAACGUCGCAUCCAUGCUCGACGCACAUGGUUUCGACGGUGUCGAUAUUGACUGGGAAUACCCUGGUGGUAAUGGCCAGGACUACAGACAAGUACCCAACGAGGAGAAAGUGGGCGAGAUCGAAACAUAUCCUCUCUUCCUAGAAGCUCUCCGCAAAGAACUUGGCGACAAGAUCAUCUCUAUCGCAGUACCAGGUCGUAAGCAGGACUUCAUUGCCUAUACCAAGGAACAGGGCCCCAAGAUCUGGAAGUCUGUCGAUAUGAUCAAUGUCAUGAGCUACGAUCUGGUUAACCGUCGCGACAAUGUUACCAACCACCAUAGCGGUGUCCAGGGAUCCUUGGACACCAUUAACGAGUAUCUCGCGAUUGGGGCUGAUCCCGAAAAGCUCAACCUUGGCUUUGCAUAUUAUGCCAAGUGGUUUACCACCAACGCUGACGCCGAUUGUGAUAACAACCCUCUGGGCUGUGAGCUUGCCAAGCUUGAGAACGACGAUGGGUCGGACAAUGGCAAGUCCGGUUCUUUGACUUUCGAGGCUAGCACUGUUGCUGCUCCCCCUAAGGAUCUGAAAGACAGCACCGAUGGAUUGUGUGGAUCCGGAGCGAAGGCCAAGUGCCCAUCAGGACAGUGCUGCAGUUCCUCCGGCUAUUGCGGUACUACCGAUGAGUUCUGCCAGACUGGCUGUCUUUCUGACUACGGUACCUGCAAGGGCGUCUCUAUCACCGACUCAUGGCGCAAGGCCCAGAAGGAUGGCAAGACCGAUGAGAAGGGCGGUGGUCAGUACUACUUCGACAGCGAGAACAACCUUUUCUGGACCUGGGAUACCCCCGAAAUGAUCGCCCGCAAGUUCAAAGAGAUCGUCGCGGAGAAGAAGCUUGGUGGUGUCAUGGCUUGGAGUUUGGGAGAGGAUACCUACAAGUUUGAGCACUUGGAGGCUAUGCAGAAGGGUAUCAAGUCUCAGUCUAACUCUCCGAAGGUUGAGGAGCCCCCCCGUGGCUGA